UCAUUUUUUGACUUUUGGAAAAAUCAAAAAUCAGUUUCUGCAAAUAUGUCACUGAAGUUAGGUCAUUUUUUCUCGGGCCCUCCGAAAUUCAUGUUAUAAUAAAAUUUCAAUUAAACAAUUUGGUCUCGAAAAAAAAACAAAACAAAAACUAUGAAUAAUGUUGCUGUGCAAGAAUGGUCAAAAGAGCAAGUUGUCGUCUGGGCACGAGACGAAGAAAAUCUCAGUGCAUUUGUCACCGCCUGCCUCGAUUCGGAAGAAAUCGAUGGUCGAACAUUGCUCGCCCUAACCGAAAACGAUAUCCGCGAUCUGCGCUACAAACUCAAUUAUCCAUUAAAGUUUAGUGACAUCAAAAAGUUAUGGAUUUCCGUGCGAAAUCUUCAGCGCAACAAUAUUUAUCUCAUAAAGUUUUUGGGUGGUGGUGUCGAUGAUGUACGAUUGAUGGACGGCGGAACACAUCCAUUGACACAUGGAAUCGGACACAAUAGGAAUACUUUCUGUGGUGGGAGUGCACAUCCUCAUCACUGUGCUGCUGCUGGCUCAUCAACAUAUGGAUCGUUUGAUGGAUCGCACAAUCAUCAAUUGAAUGACAGUGAUAGAAUAUCGCCACCACUUUCGGUGGAUGGCAGGGCGACAAACAUUCCUCCGGAGUUCUUCAAAACAGCCAUGAGCUUAGGUUAUUCUUUCCUGGUGACAUGGAUAACUUCAUUUGUGAUGGUCAUAGUACACGAACGGGUUCCCGAUAUGAAACGUUACCCACCCCUACCCGAUAUUUUUCUCGACAACGUACCGCACAUACCCUGGGCAUUUCACAUGUGCGAAAUAACCGGAACUCUCCUGUUUAGCAUUUGGAGUUGUGUUUGCAUAUUUCACAAAUAUCGAAUGGUGCUGUUGCGUCGUUUUUUUGCCCUAGCCGGAACUGUGUUCCUUCUUCGCUGUGUGACUAUGCUGAUAACAUCACUCAGUGUGCCCGGAACACAUUUGCAAUGUAAUCAAAAUGACUACAAAGUUGAUGAUAACAACUUAACUAUAUCGGAAGCAGUCUCACUUAGAAUAUCCCGAGCGUACACUAUUUGGAGUGGAUUGGGAAUGUCCAUCCAAGGUGUACGAACUUGUGGGGAUUACAUGUUCAGCGGACAUACGGUGGCCUUAACACUAUUAAAUUUUUUCAUAACUGAAUAUACUCCACGAAACCUUUAUUUUCUACACACAAUGACAUGGCUUCUCAACAUGUUUGGUAUAUUUUUCAUCUUAGCCGCACACGAGCAUUAUUCGAUUGAUGUUUUUGUUGCCUUUUAUAUAACGUCGCGACUUUUCCUUUAUUAUCAUACGCUAGCAAAUAAUCAGGCUCUGAUGUCUAGGGAUUCAAAUCGUACACGAAUUUGGUUUCCAAUGUUUAGCUACUUUGAAAAUUCAGUUGAUGGCAUUAUUCCCAAUGAAUUCGAUACAGUUGGUACAUUGUGCUCGAAAACAUUUAACUGUAUCAUUUGUGUAAAGGAUUCAUGUAUGCUCACAACAAGACGAAUAUGGCUACAUCCACCCUAUUUAGAAGCCAUACAAAGGAAUCUCACCAGUGCAGCUGGAGGAACUGAUAUUAAUUCCAAAGUAAAAAUAGCACAAACUCCAUCAUCAGGAUCUUCCAAUUCAAUUGGUCGAACGACGAAUAAAUCAACACAUCAUGAUUAUAGUCCUCCAUCGCCAAAAGCAAAAGAAAACUAUCCAACCGGAAAUGUGCUUCCAAAGAGUGUCAAUGUCAACCAAUCAACUCAUCAGCCAUUGAAAGCAAAUGAAACGCGAGAUAAAAAAUUCAUAUAGCUUCUUGUGAGAUUAGUAUUAUUAUUAUUUUGUUCUUUUUUUUUAAAUUAAGCUUUUCUUUUUAAUAUCAUUCCAAAUUGAAGAAUUUGAAAUUCAAAAAAAUAAGAAACAAGAAACAACAACAAAAUAAAAACAUUUUUUCAUCAUAAA